AUGGGACUCAUUCGAUCAGACGCACAGACGCAGCGGCGGGAAGUACGUCGCGAGACAAUGUUGACUGCCACCCGAAACGAACAAGUCGACAAUUACGGUCCGACAGACAGUCCGCAGCUAACGGGAAAGAUAUCCACCGAAUGCUACUAUGUCGGAGCUGUCGAUCAGCGCAUCUCACGCCGCGAUCGGGUCAAACCAGUCGGAAUGGCACGCGGAAAAAGAGGCAACUUGCAACGUUACGAAGGAGCCUCCACAAUUUACGGCCCACUUUCAUUACCUGCCUAUGUAUCUCAAUUCAAGAAGUUGGCAGCUGCGCUGAUUCAAAAUACCCCGUUGCCUCCGGGACCCAAACCUUCCAAUUUUGGUGAAAAGGUGCCAUCAUUUUUACCGGGAGUGCUGUUUGACAAUCCGCAUUUCGGGACGCAGUUUGGUGAUGUUUUAGUUCAACCGCAGGAGAUCUACACAGAUGUGAGUUUUGCUGUCGUAUCAUUUUUGUCACUAUUUCACUAUUUCACUUAUAUGUCACAAACCGAUCAAAUGUGCCAAUUCUCGAUCAUGUUGAAACAAGCUUUGCCCGAAAAUUUCACGUAG